GGCAUGCAUUGCAACCCUGUAACACAGAGUUGCUUUGAUCGAAUUUUGACGUUUGACGUUGGCCAUGCUUCCGCUCUUUCUUUCCCUUUCUUUUACCAACGUGUGCAGUGUCUAGAGAUGCCAGCUACGGUCGUCAAGAAACCCGCAGCUAAGAAGCUGCCCGCUGUGCCGGAAUCAAAGCUGAAGUUCAGCAAGAAACAAAUCAGCAAGCGUGCCGCUGAGUCAAAGCGUCGUCUAAAACGCGCCGCUGUCAUUGCCCUGCGGAAGAAGGAAAAUCUGGUGCGUGCCGAGAAGUACCAGAAUGAGUACAUAAAAUCUGACCAGCGUGAGAUUAAGCUGCGUCGCCUGGCGAAGAAGCGUAACCAGUUCUAUGUGCCAGCUGAAGCUAAAUUGGCAUUUGUCGUGCGUAUCCGUGGUAUCAACAAGGUUGCACCCAAGGUUCGCAAAGUUUUGCAGCUGUUCCGUCUGCGCCAAAUCAACAAUGGUGUCUUCAUCAAGUUGAACAAGGCUACCAUCAACAUGCUUCGCAUUGCCGAGCCCUACAUCACCUGGGGCUACCCCAAUCUGAAGUCGGUGCGCGAGCUUAUUUACAAGCGCGGCUAUGUGAAGCACAGCCGUCAGCGUGUGCCCAUCACCGACAACUUUGUGAUUGAGCGCAAGCUGCGUCAGGCGCACAACAUUCAGUGCGUUGAGGAUUUGGUUCAUGAGAUCUUCACCGUCGGACCCAACUUCAAGUACGCAUCAAACUUCCUGUGGCCCUUCAAGCUAAACACACCCACCGGCGGCUGGCGCAAGAAGGCAAAUCACUACGUUAACGGUGGUGAUUUCGGCAACCGUGAAGACCAGAUCAAUCCACUGCUGCGCAAAAUGGUUUAAGCUUCAGUUUGGAGAGCAAUAAGUUGAAAAAGAACGGGCAUGUAAACAGUGGACGAAAAAUAAAACAAUCUUAUAGAUUACUAAA